AUGGAUCCUUCUCCUCCUCAAGAUGAUUUUAGCUUCCCAACAAUCACCAAUACACCGCCGCGAUUCCUUGAAUCACCACCUUUAUGGAGAACAACGUUAGUUGCCUCUAGUGACCUCCAGAAUAACUCUGAUCAUGAUCAUGAAGAAAAAUUGGACAUGUCUCCAUUGAUAUCCAAUAAGUCUAAUUACAUCAACCAAAGAAAGAGCUUCUCACACAUAGAAGGUGUUCUUGCCAUGAAGAGAAUGAUUGAAGAUGAAGAUGAAGAAGAAGAGAAAAUGGACAUGUUAUGGGAGAAUUUGAAUGAAGAAAUGUCUAACAAAAUUAUGACAAAGACUUCAUGUGGGAAAAAUGCAAAGAAGGUGGAAUAUAAAUGUGCUAAAUCUUUGAAUCUUUCCAAAGCAAGCAAAAGGCCAAGCUUGGUGGUUCUCAUCAAAGUCUUGAAAAAGGUGUUCUUGUAA